ACUAACAGCUACGUCACUGCUGUUAUCGUUGUAAUCAACAAAAAACAAAAAAGAAAACGAAAAUAAACCAAACUAAACGCGCCGCAGACUGAUCAAAAGUUGGUUAUCGCUUAGUUUGUAAUCAGCCCGUCACUGCCAGCAACAAAUGAAACCUCUGUGACCUCGGGCCGAAAGCAGGAGCAUUGCUACCAGCGAAAACAAAGGCCAAAACAAAGGCACCAGCCGAAAAAAUCGGAACGUCAUUGGGAGGCAAUUAACUCGCAGAACGGCCUUGGUGUCCAACCGCUACUCCUCCCAACGGGCAGUAGAUGCUGGUUGGGCUCAGCGACCAGCUAGCACGGAUCAUGGAGAGCGUCUUUGAGGCAUAUUUGGGCCCGGACAGCGUCCUGGCCAGUGCAGUUGGCCAAGCGGUGGGCAGUGGAGAGCCCGAGGACAUCCCUAGGAAAAACACCGAUGUUUGGGUCCUGGGUAGAAAAUAUAAUGCCAUACAAGAACUUGAACUUAUACGACGCGAUAUUCAGUCUCGAUUGUGGUGCACCUAUCGUCAUGGAUUUUCGCCGUUGGGAGAGGUUCAGCUUACGUCGGACAAGGGAUGGGGCUGCAUGCUCCGUUGUGGUCAGAUGGUCCUCGCCCAGGCGCUGAUUGAUCUACAUUUGGGUCGCGAUUGGUUCUGGACGUCGGAUUGCCGUGAUGCCACCUACCUCAAGAUCGUAAAUCGUUUUAAGGACGUUGGGGAUAGCUUUUACUCCAUACACCAGAUCGCCCUGAUGGGAGAGUCCCAAAACAAGGCAGUGGGCGAGUGGUUAGGACCUAAUACAGUAGCCCAGAUUCUCAAAAAACUAGUGCGCUUUGACGACUGGAGCUCACUGGCAGUUCAUGUGGCUAUGGAUAGCACAGUAGUUCUGGAGGACGUAUAUUCAUCAUGUCGCGAAGGAGGCUCUUGGAAACCACUGCUACUCAUAAUCCCUCUGCGCCUGGGCAUCACAGAUAUUAAUCCGCUUUAUGUGCCAGCCUUAAAAAGAUGCCUUGAACUAGAUAGCAGCUGUGGUAUGAUCGGCGGUCGUCCCAACCAGGCUCUGUACUUCCUAGGCUACGUGGACGACGAGGUCCUCUAUUUAGAUCCACACACCACUCAACGAACAGGAGUAGUUGGUCAGAAAACUGCUGCGGGAGAACAAGAUUACGACGAGACCUACCAUCAGAAGCAUGCUGCUCGUUUGAGCUUCGCCGCCAUGGAUCCCUCUUUGGCGGUUUGUUUCCUUUGCAAGACCAGUGACAGUUUUGAGUCCCUGCUAACUAAGUUCCGUGAAGAGGUUCUUAGCAUAUGCUCGCCGGCUCUUUUUGAGAUAAGUCAAACACGAGCCGUCGAUUGGGACACAACGGAGGAUAUCGACUGGCCCACCAUGCCUGAUAUCGAUUGGCCAGCGGGCACCUCGGAUUCGGAUUCGUUUGCCAUAGUUGAAGAGAGCGCUCGAGACAGCGACGCCGGCUGCAGCGGCAAAAAACCCAGUAAGAGCGCCGUCAUAUGAGAGGGUCGCCGGUGGAGCGCCUGCGUCGCAACAGAACAGAUGAAACUAAACCAGGCGAAAGUGGAGCAGCAGAUGAGGAGGAUGAGGUUUUGCGAGCAGAAGCGAGCGGGAACAGGAGGACGAGCCCCCUGCGGAUGCUGCAACUGCAAUAAACUAAGGCUAAAGUGCAUAAUUAGACGAGUGGUUGAGAUUUAGAUUUAAGAAUGAUUACGAUUUAUACGAAUGCGAUUCUUAGCGAUUCAUAAUGCUGCUUUAUUGUACGCUAUUGACUCCACGGGAGACAAUUUGGCAAGAACACACACACAGAGAGUGACACUUACAUACAGACACACUCGCUUUUUUGAUGAUCAAUUAAACAUUUUUAUGCAACGUUGUACAUUGAAGACUCGAUGAGAUCGAUCGAUCCUUAGCCAAGUGUGUAUUUAUAUGUUUUGUAUUCAUAUUAUUUCGUUUCGUAUAUUCGUCUGUAUAUGCUUAAAAAUGGACCAACAACUAAAUACAUAAUACUUGGACUAUA